GGGAAAGUCUUCCAGAACUAUCACUUUCGAGCAGUUUAAGGAAGCUCUGCAAGAACUCUCCAAGAAGCGGUUUAAAGAUAAGAGCGAUGAGGAAGCAGUUCAAGAAAUAUAUAAACUAAUUGAAGGAAAAGCCCCAAUUAUAUCUGGAGUAACGAAAGCCAUUUCAUCUCCAACCGUAUCACGCCUUACGGAUACAUCAAAAUUCACGGGUUCUCACAAGGAGAGAUUUGACCCCAGUGGGAAAGGAAAAGGCAAGGCUGGCCGAGAAGAUCUGGUGGAUGCUUCAGGAUACGUAUCUGGCUAUAAGCACGCGGGCACAUAUGAUCAUAAAGUGCAAGGAAGCAAGUAAGGCUGAGGGUUUACAACACAGAGGGAGAAAGAGAGGGGGGAAAAGAGAAUAUAUUUGUAAGAAUGAUGUAGAUGAAUCCCACAUGUUUUGGUUAUUGUGAAUGCUAAGACUAUGUUGUCAAGAAGUUGUUUUCAGGAACUGGAACUGAUUUCAACAUCUGCUUGAGCUACUUGCAGCACAACGCCACUUCAUUACAUUCCUCAUGCGUAUAUUGGCAAAAAUAAAUGUAUCGGUACAAAAAAAUUCAUUAUUUUGUUGAGC